UCCUAGUAUAUAGUUCUACUCCGCACCUAGGCAUCACCUGUUCAAUUUUACCAGAUUUGUGAGAGAAAAACUUCCUGUAUUGUUAUUUUUGUACGGUGUGAGGACACAAAGUCAAGUGUUGCACUUUAUAAAGACUACUGCAGUGAUCAAAUGUUGAUAAAAUGCCGAUCUUGAUGCAGAAGAUUGCUCUGUGCCUGGUUCUGCUUUACUUCUGUAAUAUAUCAACAGGAGAGGAGCAGGAGUAUAGAUAUGUUCUGUAUGAUGAAGAUAAAGCUGAAUAUACAGAUUACCAGGAGUAUAACCGAACCUCUGAUGUACAGGGAGGAUACGGGGAUUACUAUGAUUACGAUUAUGAAAAGCGAGAUAAAGAGCAGGUAGAUGACCUAGGGUUGAAUGAACAGGAUGGAGUUACCGAAUCUUACUCAGGGUCUGGAUUAGAGCAGGAGGAGGAGUCAGAACCUCAGGAGACUAUCAACCCAGUUCAUGACAAACCUCCUGGAGUAUUUAGCCAACCUGGAGAAGAAGGAGAAGAAGGAGAAGAAGAAGGAGAAGGAGGAGAAGGAGAAGAAGGAGAAGAAGGAGGAGAAGGAGGAGAAGGAAAAGAAGGAAAAGAAGGUAUAGAAGUUGAAAAUAAAGAGGAAGGUAGAAGAGGUAAUGAGGAUCAAGAAAUAAAAGAGAAUGAAAAUGAACACGGAGAACCAGAGAUUGAUAUUUUUGAAACUUCGGGAAUACAAGAAGAUGAAAUUACUGAAGAAGAAAUGAGAACUGAAGAAACAGAUUAUACACAAAAUCAAGAAGUAGAAAAGGAAAAUGACCGGAGAAGAGAAGAAGAAGAAGAAGAUGAUUACACUGAAAACCAAAAUAAAGAAAACGAAGACCAAAGAAGAAGAAAAGAAGAUGAAGGGAAAAAUCAGAAGAAUGAAGAUAAAGAAUACGAUUAUGAUUACUCAGAGAAGAAUCAAAAUAACGAGGAAACCAGAGAUUCUGAAAGUGAUUAUAACGAGGAUGAAGAUAUGGAUACACUGUACAGGAACUAUGAAAUCCUAUCAGAGUUUUACCAGAAAUACUUCGUAGACCUGAGAAUCCUAGAUCUUACCUGUGAUCCUGUAUCCGUCCCAGCUCCGACUAUAAACAACGGCAGGGUUGCAAAAUAUACUGAGGUUGAUAAUAUCCUCCUACCAAAGAAGAAGUAUAGACAAGCAGUUUAUGAAUGUAACCGUGGCUAUAUAAUAUCAUCAAGGACCAGCAAUAGUCUGUUCUGUCAGGACUAUACUUGGACGGGGCUGGAGCCGGAAUGUGAGAAAUCUGAACUGGAAGACGAAUAUACUGUUCCACAGGGAGAAACCAAUCCCUCUGAGUGUGAUCCUGACUCCGGGUGUAAACAGGAGUGCAAGUUGGAGGAUGGAGAACCGGUUUGCUACUGCUCCCCUGGGUAUAGGAUGGAGAACGACGAGUGCCUCGACGUGGAUGAAUGUGAGAUUGAGAACGGAGAUUGUGAUGAAGAAUGCCAUAAUAAACCAGGAUCAUACAUUUGUUCAUGCCCAAGUGGUUUUGAGUUGGGCGAGGACGGUCACAGAUGUUUGGAUGCAAACGAAUGCCGGGCAAACAACGGGCAUGGUCCCUGUCAGGAUAUCUGUGUCAAUGUUGAAGGGUUCUACUACUGUGAGUGUGGAGGUAUACCUGGAACCAGGCUGUCAGCUGACCAGCAUACCUGCGAGGUUGUUAACCUCUGCCUGGAGAACAAUGGAGGAUGCUCUCACUCCUGCCUCAGUGUCAACGGGCAAGCCUUCUGUAGCUGUCCUUCAGGCUUUGAGUUGGGAGAUGAUUGGAAGACUUGUAGAGAUAUCAAUGAGUGCAGAACCACGGAGAAUAUUUGUCCUGGAGAAUGUUUCAACACGGUUGGAACCUUCUCCUGUAGUUACUCAUGUCCGGAUACACAUAUAUACAUAGACGGAGAAUGUAAACCUGGUUGUAAACCUGGAUCUGUUCUAGUAGAUGGAGACUGUAAACCAACCUGCAAAGACGGAUAUAUCAGAGUAGAGAAUAAGUGUGUAAAGUCUUGUUCUCCAGGUUAUAAACUAGACGGAAGCCAGUGUAUAGAGGACUGUGCAGACGGAGAGGUUCUCAAAGAUGGAGAAUGUGUAUCCGUCUGUCAACCUGAUGUGUGUGGGAUGGGAGUAUGUGAGGAGGAUGGAGAAAAUUACAAGUGUAUCUGUGAUCCUGGAUAUGUAUUCUCUCAAGGAACCUGUGAAGAUCUGGACGAGUGUAUUGGGACGGAUUCUCUAUGUCCUAAAGGUGACUGUGUAAACACGGAAGGAUCUUUCUACUGUCACUGUAAAGACGGGUACAGGAAUGAUAACGGUGUGUGUGUUGAUAUAAACGAGUGUGAAGAAGGAGUAGUUUGCUCUCAAGAAUGUGUAAAUUCUCCAGGUUCAUACGAGUGCAAGUGCUGGGAGGGAUUCACACUAAAUCCAGGUUCAGGAUCCUGCUCCGACAUCGAUGAAUGCAGUCUCCGUCCUUCCAUCUGUGAACAGGGUUGUGAGAAUCUUGCCGGAGGAUUUCAAUGCAUCUGUGGAUCUGGUUUCCAACAGGAUUCAGCAGAUAAUACUAAAUGUUUAAGAGCUGGUUGUCAGCCCCUAGAUCCUCCUGAUGGAGGUAAACUCAAAUGUUCUCCAGGCCCUCUCAAAGUUGGCUCCACCUGUACUCUGUACUGUAAGAAAGGAUUUCUCCGUAAAGGCCGCGCCUCCCGGAAAUGUUUAGAGAACGGUGAAUGGGAAGAAGGAGCAGGAUGGUGCGAUGAGAGAAAGUGUCCUCCGAUUACUCCGAUGGAGAAUAUGAUUAUAUCUCCGACAGAUUGCAUGAUAGAUCGACAUGAUUUUCGUAAGAGAUGUAGAGCAAGAUGUGAGCCAGGUUUUGUACUGCAGGGUACACAGAAUCUGAUCUGUGGUAAACGUGGUAGAUGGAUACAACGGGAGGGAUCUCCAUCCUGUUCUCCGGGUCCGACCAGUGUUCCUGAUACCCCUGAUCAGAUUUCUCCUCCACCACCACCUCCUCCGUCCCGAACUCCAACUCCAUCUCCUCAUCCUUCUCCGUAUAUAAUCUGCCCCCCAGAUAUUCUGGUUAAUCUUACAGAUGUAGUUCCACUAAGGAUUACAAUUCCAGCUCCGAAGACAAACAUGAACUGGGAGCAUGAAGUUAGAUCUGAACCUGAGUGGGCCAAACAUCUCUCGUUUCCAGUAGGACCCGGAGUACUCAACAUCAAGUUCUCAGCUUUCCAUCCUGGAUCCAACCAUAUAGCAAGCUGCAGAAUGUCGAUAAAAGCGAUAGACACCAAACCCCCGAGUGUUGAAAACUGUCCUAACUCAUUUACUGUCUUUCUAGAACCAGGAGAGGAUGAGAGGAAAGUGAACUGGGAUGAGCCUGAGUUCCAAGAUAAUGUUGGAGUUACGAGCGUACUCGCUUCACAGCUUCCAGGACAAAAUUUAGGCCUCGGCAGACAUGUCGUUAUUUACCAAGCUCUGGAUUCAGCUGGAAACAGAGAGAGAUGUGUAUUUAGUAUCAGGGUUGCAAACCUCUCCCCGGAGAUAGCAGCUCCGAACCCAACCUCAAGGAUCUGGGUACUCUGCAGAGUAGGGAACACAGGGAGACAUAUAAGGUUGCUGGUUUCAAGAGUUCCUCCAGGCUGCAGGAGAAUUAAUAUUCGUCCAUAAAUCUUUAAAAUUUGAACUUUCUAAAUCUGGAAUUCUGGAAGCUAGAAAAUUCAGGAGUUUUAGAAUCUCUAGAAACAAGAAAAAGUUCUUAAGUGUUUUUACCCAAAAAACUACCACGAACCACGAUAUCUGUAAAAAUUUCUGAUUUUUUUAACCAGGAACCUCCAAUAGUAUUCUUUUACUAUGUGCUUUGAAUAGUUUUAGAAUAAAUGUUAGUAUUUUUGUUAAAAAGAAGAAAACUUUCUAAAUCUGCUCUUUCCCACUUUAGUUUCCAGAUUAUGGAAAAAUGCAUUUCCAUAAAAUAAACAUAAAAGGCUUCCUU